UUAUCAGUCAAUCAUUUUCAGUUUUAUUGUAUUCUUGGUCGUAAAUUUUUUCAUGGUAACGUCAUUUUCGAUUCCAUCCUAUCAACCGACAAUUUGAUUUGAAUCGAAAAUAUCUCAACAAAAAAUUUUUUCGACCUAAAAGUUGGAAACAAAACAGUUCUGAGAUUUUAUGAGAGCAAAUUGAUUAGAUAGGAAGCUCGUUAAACAAAGCCAACAAUGGAAAGCUGUAAGAUCGAGGUUGGAAACAGCGUAAAUAUCAAAAGAAGCGAUGGUCGCGUUCAUUCGGCCAUGGUGUCAAAGCUCAAUCCAGCUCAACGUUCAGUUACUGUUGAAUGGUAUGAGCGUGGCGAGACAAAAGGCAAGGAAGUUGAAUUGGACAUAUUGUUGGCAUUGAAUCCCGAACUGAUGCAGAACAAACAGUCUUAUGUAGUGCCGCCACAAUCAGCAAUAACAUCAGCCAAUUUGCAACGAAAUCCAACCCAGGGCAAUAUUCAACGACUGACACGAGCAAGCAAUGCAGCCAGUGCUGGAAUUAAUGGAGGUCGUGCUUCAAAGAUAGCAGUGCCCGCUUCCAACAAUCACAACGGUCAAGAGCAUUCAGAAAAUUUACCACCACAAGCAACAAAACAAAAGUUGGGAAAUAAUCGAAUGUCACUAAACGCUCAACCGACACAACCACAGCAACAACUACAAGCGAUGUCAAACAACGCAGCUAGUCGACGAUCGUAUGUCGUGAAAGAAGUCGAACGUCUUAAAGAGAAUCGCGAGAAGCGUCGAGCUCGUCAAUUAGAGAUGAAGGAAGAGAAAACAGCACUGAUGAACAUGGACCCAGGCAAUCCCAAUUGGGAGUUGGCAGCAAUGAUAAGAGAAUAUCAAUCAACCAUCGACUUUCGUCCUUUAAUGGACGGGCAAGCAGUCGAUGAUCAUCAGAUAACAGUAUGCGUACGAAAACGACCAUUAUCUCGAAAAGAAAUUAUGAAGAAGGAACUCGAUGUCAUCACAGUUCCAACAAAAGAUACGCUCAUUGUGCAUGAACCUAAGACAAAAGUUGACCUCACGAAGUUCCUGGAAAAUCACAAUUUUCGCUUCGAUUAUGCUUUUGAUGACGGAUGUAAUAAUGAGUUAGUUUAUAAAUAUACAGCGAAGCCUCUUGUACAGACAAUCUUUGACGGUGGGAUGGCGACAUGUUUUGCUUAUGGACAAACAGGAAGUGGAAAGACGCACACAAUGGGUGGCGAUUUUAAUGGAAAAGUUCAAGAUUGUAAGACGGGCAUUUAUGCCAUGGCAGCUAAAGAUGUUUUCGGUUAUUUAAAGAGUCCAAAAUAUCGUCAUUUGAACCUCACAGUUUCAGCAUCGUUCUUUGAGAUUUAUAGUGGAAAAGUUUUUGAUUUACUCUCAGAAAAGAAUAAGUUGCGUGUUCUUGAAGAUGGAAAGCAACAAGUUCAAGUCGUUGGAUUAACAGAGCGUGUUGUUGACAGUGUUGAUGAUGUUUUAAAAUUAAUUCAACAUGGGAAUAGCACGAGAACAUCUGGAGUAACAUCAGCAAAUGCAAACUCAUCGCGUUCACAUGCCGUUUUUCAAAUUGUCGUGCGUCCAAUGGGAAGUGUGAAGAUUCAUGGAAAGUUCUCUUUUAUUGAUUUAGCUGGUAAUGAGCGUGGGGCUGAUACGAACUCAGCAAAUCGGCAGACGCGUAUGGAAGGAGCUGAAAUUAAUAAAUCUCUCUUGGCACUGAAGGAAUGUAUUCGCGCUUUGGGGAAACAAAAUGCUCAUUUACCAUUUCGUGUGAGUAAACUCACACAGGUUUUGCGCGAUUCAUUCAUUGGUGAGAAGAGUAAAACGUGUAUGAUCGCCAUGAUAAGUCCAGGAUUAUCAUCGUGCGAACACACGCUUAACACGCUUAGAUAUGCAAAUCGAGUGAAGGAACUGGUUGCCAUCGAUCCUUCUGAAAGAAAUGAAUAUAACGAUGAAGUGACGAUGGAAGUUGAGCCAAAUGAUCAGAAUGGUGGUGGAAAGAACAUGGAUCUGGCACAUUUAGGUUCAUUAAAUCCUUUCCAAGAACAUGACAUGAGUGUGGAAUUAUACAAUCAACAUACCGCCAUAUCAGAACUUCAACAAGUAGAAGAUGAAAUGAUUGAUCAAUUGAAGCUGAUGGCAGAAUUCAGCUCAAAAUUUGUACCGGAACUGAUGGAUUUGUGUCGAAUGACAAAUGAUCCAGAUUACGACCAGGAUGCCUUCUGCAAACGAGGAAAAGAACUUUUCCGUCAACUGUCAUUCUAUGCAAAACCUUGCACUGAUCUUUUGGAUGAUUAUGAAUCAAAAUUGGAGAAAGAGGAAAUGAUUUCGCACAAAAUGAUUCCUGGCAAACGUUAAUCUCUCUCAUCAUUUAUUCAUUUUAUAUCGCAAAUUGAAAUGAUUCUUUUUGUAAAGGAAAUUAAUUAAUCAUUUCAAGCAAUUCCUUUUUUUUCAUGAAAUUUUAUGACAUUUUUUUUGUUCAUUUCAUGAUUAAGUCAAAAUAUCUUUGUUAACUUUUUCGCUUUGGUUUAAUCACAAAUCUCACACAAAUUAUAAGAAUAGUUUUUAACAUGUUAAACUUUAGGGUCCAACCCCUCAUUAUUCAGACGUGAAACUUGUCAGACGUGAAACUUGUAAUUAAACUUUUAUUUUAUUAUUUCUUUCUCAACCUUCAUCAUUAAACGGAAACAAAAAUUUCCAACUUUUUUGACUCAACUCAAGAGAUUAAACCGUUGCUGGUGGUUUCAUUGAUGUUCUCUUUAAUUUUCUCAACUUGUACUAAACUUUAGUUUCCUUUUGUUAUAAAUAUUCAUUUUUUAAUAAUAAAUUCAAUGCUUUGUCAGAAUGGAAAGAAUAAAAACUUUUCCUAAAACUAAAUCAAAUAAAAACGUAUCAAAAACAUUUCUCAUCGCGACAAGUGCAGGUGUCGAAAGCAUAACUUUACCAACAUUUUCUUAUACACAAACAUAUAUCAUUAAAAUAUGUACGUCGCUUAAGCUUGCUAAGCUAUGAACUUGUGAAUUACAGUGAUCUAAUAGUUUUCAUAAAAAAUAGAUGAUAAGAAAAAAUUAAACUCAAAUCUUCUUUUUUCAUUCUUUUACAUAAAUAUCUACACCACCACGCAAUCAACC